CUACUUUAUCACAACAGUUACCUAUCAUCAUCAUACCUUAACAACAACAACAAAUCCUGACAGGGUCACAAAAGCCUCUGGACAAUCAUUGAUUCAGCCUGAACGCGUCAUCACUUCGGAAGUGACUUCAAAGACGAACAUCAUACUCAGCACAUUCACAUUCAUUUCGUGUCAUCUUUGGUCACAUCGACAACUCUAUGCAUAUGUCAAGAAUAUAGUCACAACUUCAACAUAUAACAUCCACCUCAGUCCUUUCAUCACAAGUCUAUUUUGUUCAACAUCAUCCCCAUCAAGACAAAGAGCAUCCAACAUCCAGCCAUUAGAAUAUGUCACAACAUACUCGCAUGCCUAUGCGCCACUUUGACGGACAGAUGGACAUCUUUGGCUCUAUUUUAUCACCUGCAUCUUCUUUCAUACCACCAUCUUCAUCUCCCCUACCCGGUCAAUCACCAUCCAACAAUACCCAACAAAACAACAACAAUACAAUGUCACAGCCUAAACGGAUACGAAGAGGUGCUCGAAGGGUGAAUAUGCCAAUCAAAAUAUUAUACAAUCUUGAUUCGAAUCCUGAUGCUACAAUGGUUGCACAGAUUGAACAGAGAAUGCCAGUAGAUGUUCUGCCGAUCAAGAGAAGGACGAACAACAACAACAAAGAUGGUAAUGGAACACCUGUAUUCGCACGUGUUCCUCUCAAAGUUUGUUUACAGGGAAUCUGUAUGGCCAGUCCAGAAUUGCUUUCGAGCACGACAAAAGAUUACGUCUUGUACGCUGUUGAUCCGGUAGAAGCACAUCGGGCAAAUAUGAGAAGGGAAGUGACAUCCAAUUCAAGUGGAUCACAAGAAGCAAGUCCAUUACGAGGAAAGAAUUUGAGAUCGUCGGCUGCAUUCAUGGUUGGGAAAGGGUAUAUGAGUCAAGCGCUCACACAAGAAGGAAUGGGAGUAGCCACUGUUCAUGGACGUGUCAGAGGUGAAUUUGAUGACGAAGAUGAAGAGGAUGAAGAAGUGACAGCAGAAGAUGAGGAUGAUGAGGAAUUUUGGGAUUCAAGAGUCUUGGAAGUCUCUUUGAAAUUGAACGUUUCUUCACCUCCCGAAAUCACACUCAUGGAGAAAGCAAAGCAAGAAACAAGAACUGAUAGCCAGACAGGACUUCCGACAACCUCUAAAGCGCCACUCAAAAGAAGUUUGACGACUCCAGCAGAACCUCUACAGGCUCUCAGUAGCAAUCAGAUCGCUGAGGAGGCCUCCGCAGAAGCACCACCAGCAGCAUCUAAAGGACAAUCGUCAAAGAAGCCUGGACCGCAGCGGCAAUUGCUGCAUCUUUUGCAAGCAUUACAAGCACAAGCGCAACAGGGAUCUAGUUCUUCAGGCCAAGCAUUACCAGUCGAAAUAGAAUCGCUAGCGACAGAACAUGAUUCUGGUGAUCAAAAGAAGACUGCUCGCUCCUCGAAGAAUAACCGAAUUCGUUUCUCUUCUCCCUCGCCAUCUUCUUCAGCAACAACCUCGCUUCAUCCAAACGGUGCCCAGUCGAGCCCAGUGAUGGCAAAUCAAAAGCAUUGGCCGUCAACAUCCAAAAGGCCCAAGGCAAGAGCCUCAGCGUCGUCCUAUUCAGACGCUCAAUCUCCUAUUCUUGGAGGACUUACGCCAGGAUACGAAGUUGAUUAUCUUUCCGGGCCAAGUCCAUCGAGUAAUGCAGAUGGCAAUCAAUUGACCGGUUCCGCAAGAGCUGACGUACCCAAGAUUGCAGGAAGAGGAAACAAAGUGCCGGAAUCACAGAUUUAUUCUUCUUCAAAGAAUGAGCAAUGUUACAAUUGCGGUUUGAAAGGGGAGUUGUACUGGCGAUAUCUGAACAUAUCCGACGAAGCUCAAGUACGAUUUUAUGAUUCUUCCGUUUGUGUUUAUAAUGGAAUCAAAAGUUUCAGAUCUUGCAAUGCAUGUGGAACAUACUUUGCACGUUACAGAGGCGUUUCAAGACCGGACUUUGUCAUAAAGGAACAUGAAGCUAAACGGUUGGAAAAGUUGAAACAGAUCACCAGUCAUAAUACUAGCAGUGCCUCUUCUGAGGAUGAUAAUGAAGAGAAGACGAAGAGAAAAUCAGCCAAAAGUGCUAAGCGAAAAUCAUCAGCAUUCUCUCGGACGUUGAGUGAAGCAUGUGCUAUCGACUCAAAACGGAUGACAGAUGAUCCUGAGAAGGGUAAAGGGAAAGCUCAAGAAAAGGCUUCGAAAACAAAGGAAGAUGAAGAGCAAAGCGAGCCAAAGCAGAACAAGGUCAAAAGGCGUAAACUGAGUCACAGCGAUAAAGAAGAAGCAAAGAAAAGUCAACCACAAGAGAGGAAGUUCGUUGAAGAUUUCGAAAAAGCUCGAUUGAGGGAUUUGGUAUUGGAUCAGGACGGAAAUUGGCGAAGCAAGAGAAGCAUUCUGGAGAAUCCCACCAAUCGAAGGGUUGGACGGCCGCCAGGAAGGAAAACGGGUUGCGGUCUUGGUAGACAGCGUAAUACGGAAUCUGCCAGAGUAGCAGCAGCAGCUUUGAAAGAAGACCUGAUGAAUGCCCGAGAAAAUGGCUCUCAAGCAGUGGGUUCCGCCACUGACCCAAUGCCAGAAGUCGAUUUGACGGAUGAAUCGGCCGUGGCAGAUGCUUUGCAAGCGAUCUUGUCUUCCUCUAGUCCUGUCCGUCCUGCUCAUGCCAAUCAACUAGUCGGUGGACCAGCAAUGCAACAUCCAUCUUUUGCACUGCCAUACGCUCCAAAUCAAAUGAUGCACCAUCAUCAUCAUCAUCAAAAAAUGCCACAUUCUACGCCUGGAAGAUCUUUCAGCCAUCAAAGCAAAACACCGAUGAGCGUUAGUCGAGUACGUUAUGGAGCACCAGCCCAUUUGAUGAUGUCUAGUCCGGCUACCGCAUUUCAAACUGUGAUGGAUGAAGCUGAUACAGAUUGGAAAGCUUUGUUCGGAAUUGGAAAUAGUGCAACUAGAAGAAGUCCGCGUAAAAAGCCUGCUGGCGUUCACGGUGGUAUUAAUCCUUAUGCAACAAAUCUUGCCAGUCCAUCCCGAUUGCCAAUGCAAAGGCAUGGUGUCGAGAAUCCUCAUCAUUCUUCCGUCAUGGAUCCUGAUAUCUUGAUGCAAAUGACUAGCAGCAGUCCUUUGACACGCAGUCGGGUAAAGUCUGGACAAUUUGAAUGGGCCUUCAAUUCGAGUGAUGAUGCUGGAACACAGAAAAAGAAAGUAUCUAGCGCGAUCACAAGUCCUACUUCCCCAAGCCCAACGAGAACACGUAUUCUUUCAUCCAAGCGAAAGGCGAACCCGAAUGAGGUGAUGCUUGAAGCAGGUCCAAUUAGCAGUCAAUCUACGUCUAGAAAGAAUCAGGCCACAAAACAAGCCAAACUUGCGAAGGAACAAGAGUUAAACUCGUUUGAUAAUGAACCUUUUGCAGGAUACACAGCAAUCAAUGUUUCAGGAUUGGAUCAAGACGAUGAAGAUCAUAUUGACGAUGAUGAAGGACCUGGAAGUCCUACAUUGGGCAGAAGUAGACGAUUGGAUAAGAAGAAGAAGAACGCAGAGAUGCGAUCUACUCCAACAGCCAAUGGUCUGUUCAGCAGUACUCCAAGUGAUUUGGGUAACAAUGUUGAUCUUGGAGGCAGUCAAGCAGAAUGGCAACAAAAUGCCACCAUUCCAGAAUUGUUCCCAUCAACAAGUCCGGAAAAGGGAUGGAAUGUUGUAAGUAAUGGUAGUCCAUCGCAGAUGUUAUGGAAUAGCCCUUCUUCUUGGGCUCUUCGGAUGCCGACACCAUCACCGAUCAAAGUCACAAAACAGACUUCUGAAUCUUUUCAAGCCAGCACAGCCACAGCCAAACAAGCAGACACUUCAGCAACCAGUGCGCCUAGUCUGAGUGUUACUGCCGCUCCGCAAGAAGAGAAGAAAUCACCAUCCACUUCUUUGGCUCCUCCAGUACAAAAGAGGAAGCCUUUACCUGCCACUGUUGAAGAUGCAUCACCUUCUGAAGCUUCUAACCCUUCUCCCAACGAUGAUGAUGAAGAUGAUGAAGAAGAGGAAGUUACAGCGGGGGAGAAUGGCGAAAUGGUGAUUGAUAUGACGGAUGGAGAUAGUUUAGCAGCAUUGAUGCAAAUCUUUGAAGACCCGUAUGGUUUACUGGCUGCCUCGGGAAUCAAUUUGCCAGCAGUUCCUCAAGCUCACAAAUCUACAGGAAUAGAGCAAACGUCAAAGGACAAUGCUUCCAAUGCGACAACGGAAAACAAUCUUGCACAUAUUGAACUCUUCAAGAGCUUUGAUUAUGCAAAAGAGUUGGGCUUCUUCAAUCAAGCAGGUGCGAGCGGUAUUGCUGCAAAUGCAGGACCAUCAGCGCCAACCACGGUAGAAACAGGAAGUUCAUCAAAGGGUACAAAUGAUCCUGCCAUGGCUGAUGUGAAGAAUAUGUUGACUUCACCUCACAAGAUUGAGAUUGAUGGUAAUUUCCUUCGAAUUUCUCCACGUAAGAAGACAGCAAGUCAGUCUAGUCAACCCGUUUCUACAAAUUCUGAAAUCAAUUUUGGUGAUUGGAUUUGGUCAGAUGUGCAAAAGACACCCACUAAGCAAUCCGCAGCUUGAUCACGCAAACACAUACACAAUUUGUAGCAUACCAUCU